CUAGUUUAUGAUUAUUAUUGCACAAUUAAACCGUUUUUUGGUUCUCCAGGAAACGGAAAAGGAAAACCCUAUUUUAUGUUCUUUUACGUCAGUGAGCUCUCAGCAAACUUACGACUUCUCAUUUCGUUUCCCAGCGGGGGAUGGUGGGUGAAGAUCGGAGCACAGUGCCUCAUCCUCAGAUGAUUCUUCUCUUUCCGGCGAUCUUCUGACUGAGCUGUUGAGCACUCAGAGCUUCUGCGAAACUCGCACUUUCAUAAGCAUAAGCCAGUCAACCAUUGCCAGCGCUUUGAAUCGAUGUAUUCCGAGGAUGGUGCUGGAGCAGCCACAAAUUCUUCCCAAGUUGAUGAUCCAGUCCCCAAUGAAGGGGAACCAAUUUUAGAACCAUGUGAAGGCAUGGAAUUCGAAUCUGAAGAAGCCGCUAAGAUCUUUUAUGAUGAUUAUGCCCGUCAAGUGGGAUUUGUUAUGCGAGUCAUGUCAUGUCGUCGAUCGGAAAGGGACGGACGGAUCAUUGCUCGUCGAUUGGGAUGUAAUAAGGAGGGUUACCGGGUCAAUAAAAGGGAUAAGUCAGGCGCGAUCAGGAAACCGAAGCCAGUCACUCGGGAAGGUUGUAAGGCUAUGAUUUAUCUGAAGAACAGCAAAUCUGGUAAAUGGGUGGUCGCUAAGUUUGAGAGAGAACAUAACCAUCCUCUUGUGGUCUCUCCUCGUGAAGCACGACACACAACGGAUGAAAAGGACAGGAAAAUUCAGGAGCUAACUUUGGAACUCCGAAACAAGAGACGUCUGUGCGCAGCAUAUAAAGAGCAGCUGACGGCUUUCCUGAAAAUUAUUGAAGAGCACACUGACCAGAUAUCAAUGAAAGUCCAGAAUGUGAUGAACAACCUCAAAGAGUAUGAGUGCGUUCACCAGGAGCUUCAAAGAGCGGGUGAUGUCAGCAUUUAGGGUUAGCAUUCUGACAAUUCAGUUUUUCCCCUUCUGUGUUCUUUUAUGUGGGUAUAAUUGCAGUGCUGCUCCUUGAUGAUGGGGUAUGUAAGUUUGGGAAGUCUGCUCCUGCGGCUUGGAACCCUGCAGAUGCACCCAUUCUGGAAUGAGUAUGUCACUCUUCUCUAAGAAACCAGUUGGUAGUCAUGGGAUGUGCCACUUGCUUUGAUGAUCGAAAUUAACAGUCAUAGGUUUAAACAUGUGUUACCUCUGUCUCUGGGACACCAGAUCUUGGUAAGUUAAGAGUCAAAUUUUGCUGAUUUAUCUGUUCCAAAAGUAUGCCUAUCUUCUGAUAAGCUAAAGUUGGUUCAUAGAAUGUUGCUCGGUGCGCGAGUAGGAUGUCAUAUGAGUUCCAAGCAUGGAGGAGUAUUGCUGUGAUCCCAUUUGAAUGUUUGUCUUUCUUGAAACGCUAAUUAUCCUUAGAACAGCAAGCUAACUCUUACCUACCAUGAAGUUGGUAGAUUUGCUAUUCGUGGUUUCAUAUGUAAUAACUAGGAGAAAAUAGAACGAUGAGAUAUUUUACUUUUUCAAGGCCUUAAGUCUAUAUUGCAUGGGA